AUGGCGAAGACCUACGGCAAGUAUUCCAAGCACGGAGCCAAGGCACCAGCGGACGUUUCCAGAGCGGCGGCAGCUGCUACCCAGAGCGGAAGUGUCAAGGCGUCUCCUGAGCAGUUCGACCAGUCCUACCUUUGCCCGGUGACUGUUGGAGGACAGACGCUCAACUUGGACUUCGAUACCGGCUCAGCCGAUUUGUGGGUCUACUCCAACUCUCAACCUUCGAGCCAGCAGACCGGACAUUCCGUUUACACCCCUGGCUCUACCGCCAAGCGUCUCUCCGGCCAGACCUGGAAGAUCAGCUAUGGCGAUGGAUCUGGUGCUUCCGGAAUCGUGUACUCCGACAAGGUGGUCGUCGGGGGCGUCACUGCCACCGGCCAGGCCGUCGAGGCUGCACAGACUGUCUCGGACGAGUUCGUUCAAGACGUGGACAAUGACGGGCUUCUCGGUUUGGCGUUCAGCAGCAUCAACACUGUUUCUCCCACUCAGCAGAAGACUUUCUUCGAUACUGUCAAGAGCUCGCUCGCCAAGCAGCUCUUCACUUGCGAUUUGAAGGCUGGCAGGGCAGGCACGUACGAUUUUGGAUACAUCGAUGCCAACAAGCACACCGGUACCAUUACUUAUGUCUCAGUAGACUCCAGCCAGGGGUUCUGGACCUUCAACGCUGGCGGCUACUCUGCUGGGUCGGCGGCCGUUUCUGGGAGCAUCGGAUCUGCCAUCGCUGACACUGGCACGUCCCUUGUAUACCUCCCGACCGACGUGGUCACUGCCUACUACUCCAAGCUCUCCGGCGCCGCCUACGAUAGCAACCAAGGAGGAUACACAUUUCCCUGUUCUCGGUCCCCACCCAACUUCAACGUGAAGAUCGGAACUCAGACCUUCACAAUCCCAGGCUCCUACAUCAAAUACGCCCCCGUGGACAGCUCCGGCAGCACUUGCUUCGGCGGCAUCCAGAGGAACACUGGCAUCGGCUUCACCAUCUUCGGAGAUGUCUUCCUCAAGGCCGUCUUCGCUGUCUUCGAUGUCAGCACCGGCUCUCCCCGUUUGGGACUGGCUCCUCAGUAA